GCUCUGCAUAGAUGCACAUUUGGUAGAUACCAUAGAAACAGUUUGAAUGUCUCCAGUGAUAAUGCCAUGUAUCCUUAGCAAAACAUAUGACGAAACAGAUAGCAGUAACUCAUCGCAGUUUAUGCAAAAAUUCAGUACAAUAGAUUAUUUUAGGAAGAAUUUUCACAAAUACCAUGUCCAUAUCGAAGAAAGUUAACCCGAAUGGCGGUGUUGAACAGUUAAUACAGCAACGUCAGUCACAAAAUAUUAUUCCUACCUUUUUACUACGAGCGAGUGCUGAAAGGUAUCAGAGAACUCCGAAAUGUGCUAGAUGCCGGAAUCAUGGAGUUGUUUCUGCUUUAAAAGGACACAAAAGAUAUUGCCGCUGGCGAGAUUGUGUCUGUGCUAAAUGUACUUUAAUUGCUGAAAGACAACGAGUUAUGGCAGCACAAGUUGCUCUACGAAGACAGCAGGCUCAGGAAGAAACUGAAGUUCGAGAAAUAGGUUUCCACUUACAGUACAAUAGGAGUGAUACUUCGGAAUCAAAUAUUCAAGAUUUGAGUACAACUUCAAUGGAUUCUAGUAAAUUACUUCAAGAUGACUUAUCAGAUUAUCAUAGGCAAAAAAAUGAACUAGAUUUCGAUGGCGAUAAAAAGAAAGUGAACCAUUUUAAAAAUAAAUUUGAUAAGUGUAUUAUGUCACUUUAUUCACGAUCUUCAUCUACAUCUUCAUCGUGUUCAAAAAGUAGUAUCAAAUCGAAUUCGAAUCAAAACGGAUCAAUAACUCCUGACAAUACAUUUUCAGAAUCCGAUAAUGGAAAAAUAAACGAAUCACUAGAUGACAUAUGCAAACAUGAAUACGAAUCUUUCAGUUCUCUUUAUGGCUCACAUUCGCUAACAAUUUCAAAAAAUAUGAAAGAAGAUUUAGCAACUCCAGAAAAUUUGUGCAUUCGUAAAUCACCUAAUAUCGCUGCAAAUUGCGAAAAUCAAGCAAAUGUUCAUUCUCUUAAUCAAGGACUUAUGAGGCAUAUUGCAACAAAUUCUUUGCCAUCAUCUGCUAUUGCCAAUUAUGCAACAUAUAGCUCACUAUGUGGAAUGGAUGUGAAUAAUUGUUUAUGUGAACAUUCCCUGUACCAAAAUGCUGGUCAUGAAUCGAUUCAUGCAGUUCAUAUCAAUAAUGGGCAAUGUGCAAAUUUAACAUCUUGCUUCGUAGACAAACAAGUUCAUACAUAUCAUCGUUCAGCAAUUGAUAUUUUAAUGAAGGUAUUUCCAAAAAAACGUCGAGGAGAAAUUGACAUAAUCUUUCAUCGUUUAAAAGGAGACAUAUUAGCAAUCAUAGAAAAUUUACUUAAUGAAGAUCAGAUGUCUGAUAAUGAAUACACAGCAUGGUCAAGAACAACAACUCCAGCAUCAUAUACAUCAGAUAGCUCUGAAACAGUGACAUAUUUGCCAAAACUGAAUAAUACUUAUUAUCUGUCGUCACCAAAUACGAAACCUAGAUUUCUCACUGCUCCAUACGGUGGCUCAGGGUAUUUAUCAACUAUGAUACGACCACACAAUAUACAAAGUUUUAGUACUUUGAAAAGUCUUCAUUCAGAAUCAUGUAUUGAUAAUCUUAGCGACAAAUCUUGUAAUUCUGAAUAA